AUGUUGCGGCCUGCCGAGCACGCUGCCGACGACGCCGUUAUUCUCACCGCCGCCCCCUCCCUGGCCGCCCUCACCGCGCUGCGCCUCGCGCGCUGCCCCGGCGUCACCGACGCGUCGCUCGCGGCCGUCGCGCGCGCCUGCCCCGCCCUGGUUGAGCUCGACGUGUCCGGGGCGCGGCAGGCCGUCACCGACAGGGGCGUCGCGGCGCUCGCCGCCCUCUCCCGGCUGCGGGUGCUGUCGCUCGACGGCUGCAGCCGCGUCAGCGCCGAAGGCGUCCGCGCCCUGCUGCUGCGGGCGCCCGCGGGCGCGACAGUGCCCGCGACUGCGGCGGCGGCGCCGCUAGAGACGCUCAGCUUGGCAGGCUGCGCCGGGCUGUCCGACGCGGCGCUCGCGCCGAUCGGCGAGGCGCUGGCGGCCACGCUGCGCGAGCUGCGCCUGGACGGCUGCCCGCAGGUCACGAACCGCGGCCUGCGGCGGCUGCUGCCGCUGGGCGAGCUGCGGGAGCUGGGGCUCAGGGGCACGCUGGUCCAGCCGCAGGGGCCCGUGUGGCGCGCGCUGCGGCAGCGGGUGCAGCGGCUGGCCUGCGACCCGCAGGCCGGCAUUUAUUGCGUGGGGCUGGAUUGA